CGCCCGUCGGGCGGGGUCGACUAUCGCGUCGCACGCCCCGCCUGUGCUCCUGGGAGCCGGGACGGAGCUGCUGUUACCGGUCUGCAGCCUUACCGGAGGCACCUGCUGGCCGCACAGCGGAGGCUCGCCGCUUCCGGCGCGCUCCUCCCCUGGGGACUCAGCCAAGCCUCUUCCUGCAGCCCCCUGGCAGCGGACGGGGCUGCCCACGGCGCUCCCCCUUCACCUUUGAGCCCCUAACCGGUGUCCUGCUGGCGGAUAAAAAACCAACUUGGCUCUUGCUAACUGAAUAGACAUCAUGUCUCGAGCACGGCAGCCCCCACUUGUCACUGGCAUCUCUCCCAAUGAAGGCAUCUCAUGGACAAAAGUCACAAUUAGAGGAGAAAAUCUGGGGACUGGGCCAACAGACCUCAUAGGUUUAACAAUCUGUGGGCACAACUGUCUGCUAACUGCUGAGUGGAUGUCUGCCAGUAAAAUUGUCUGCCGAGUUGGGCAGGCUAAAAACGACAAGGGAGACAUUAUUGUUACUACAAAGUCUGGCGGCAGAGGAACUUCAACAGUUUCCUUCAAACUGCUUAAACCUGAAAAAAUAGGUAUCUUGGAUCAGUCUGCUGUCUGGGUGGAUGAAAUGAACUAUUAUGACAUGCGCACUGAUAGGAACAAAGGGAUUCCCCCCUUGUCCCUGCGUCCGGCUAAUCCACUUGGUAUUGAGAUAGACAAAGGCAGAUUUCCUCAGAAAGAUUUAGAGGCACUGUUUCCUGGCAUGAGUGCUGACUUCACGAGUGAAAACUUCUCUGCUGCCUGGUACCUGAUUGAGAAUCAUUCAACAACAAGUUUUGAUCAACUUAAAACAGCAGUUGUGAACCUGAAGAAACAAGCUAAUAAGAAAAAUGAGGGGAGCCUGGCCUAUGUCAAAGGAGGCCUCAGUACAUUUUUUGAAGCACAGGAUGCUCUGUCAGCAAUCCAUCAGAAACUGGAAGCGGACGGAACGGAAAAAGUAGAAGGAUCCAUGACGCAAAAACUGGAGAAUGUACUGAACAGAGCCAGCAACACAGCAGACACUUUAUUCCAAGAAGUGCUGGGUCGUAAGGACAAAGCUGAUUCAACAAGAAACGCACUUAAUGUUCUUCAGAGGUUCAAAUUUCUUUUCAACCUUCCCUUGAAUAUUGAAAGAAAUAUCCAGAAGGGUGAUUAUGAUGUGGUUAUUAAUGACUAUGAAAAAGCCAAGUCACUCUUUGGAAAGACAGAGGUUCAAGUAUUCAAAAAAUAUUAUGCUGAAGUUGAAACCAGGAUUGAAGAUUUAAGAGAACUUCUGUUGGAUAAGCUGCUCGAAACUCCAUCAACAUUGCAUGAUCAGAAACGUUAUAUCAGAUAUCUUUCUGAUCUUCAUGCUCCCGGGGACCCUGCUUGGCAGUGCAUUGGUGCUCAACAUCAGUGGAUUCUGCAGCUCAUGCACAACUGCAAGGAGAGCUACGUUAAAGAACAAAAAGGCAACCCACUGCUCCACAGCCCCAUGCUAGACCUGGACAGUGAUGUGCGUCCAUCACCAAUUGGCCAUCUCAGUCAAACUGCUUCAUUGAAGAGGGGCAGCAGCUUUCAGGCUGGCCGUGAUGAUGCCUGGCGCUAUAAAGCUCCUCAGCAAGUUGUCUUUGUGGAAAAGUUGACAAAACUUGUUGUCAGUCAGCUGCCCAACUUCUGGAAGCUCUGGAUUUCUUAUGUGAAUGGAAGUUUAUUCAGUGAGACUGCUGAAAAAUCUGGCCAAAUGGAAAGAUCAAAGAAGAAUGCAAGGCAAAGACAAAACGAUUUCAAGAAAAUGAUUCAGGAAGUGAUGCACUCUCUGGUGAAACUUAUCCGUGGAGCUUUGCUUCCCUCCAGCCUCAGAGAAGGAGAAUCAAGAGAAUAUGGUGGCUGGGAGAUGAAAUCAGAACUUUCUGGCCAGUGGCUAACUCAUGUUAUCCAGACAGUGAGGCUUAGUUCUGAGUCUCUUACUGCACUUGAGAUACCCAAUGAUAUGCUUCAGAUCAUCCAGGAUCUUAUUUUGGACCUUCGUGUACGUUGCAUCAUGGUGACCUUACAGCACACAGCUGAAGAUAUAAAGAGGUUAGCUGAAAAAGAAGACUGGGUAGUCGACAAUGAAGGUUUGACAUCAUUGCCAUCCCAGUUUGAACAGUGCAUUAUCCGUUCCCUGCAAUCCCUGAAAACUGUGCUGGACUGCAAACCUGGAGAAGCCAGCGUUUUCCAGCAGCAGAGAACACAGGAGGACGUGUGCCAGUUGAGCAUUGGGAUCAUGCAGGUCUUUAUAGACUGUUUGGAACAGCUGAGCACCAAAACUGAUGGUGAUAUUGAUACAGCACAUCUUUCAGUUGAUGUUUCAUCUCCAGACUUGUUUGGGAGCAUUCAUGAAGACUCGAGUCUCUCCUCAGAGCAGAGGCUUUUAAUUGCACUCAGUAACUGUCGCUACCUGGAGCGUCACACCUUCCUAAAUAUAGCUGAGCAUUUUGAGAAGCAUGGCUUUCAGGGGGUUGAAAAAAUCAUUCAAGUUAGUAUGGAAUCUUUGAAAGAGCUGGAUCAAAGACUGUUUGAGAUGUACAUUGAAUUCAAGGCAGAUCCAAUCGUUGGGUCAUUAGAACCUGGCAUUUAUGCAGGAUAUUUUGAUUGGAAAGAUUGCCUCGUUCCAGCAGGUGUCAGGAACUAUUUGAAGGAAGCAUUGGUGAAUAUCAUUGCUGUGCAUGCAGAGGUGUUCACCAUUUCCAAAGACUUAGUACCUCGGGUGAUGUCAAGGGUGGUAGAAGCAGUCUCUGAAGAGUUGAGUCGACUGAUGCAGUGUGUGUCAUCCUUCAGCAAAAAUGGAGCUCUGCAGGCAAGACUUGAAAUCUGUGCCCUGAGGGACACUGUGGCCAUAUACCUGACACCUGAGAGCAAGUCGAGCUUCAAGCAAGCUUUGGAAGCCUUGCCUCAGCUCUCAAGUGGGACUGACAAAAAGUUGCUGGAGGAGCUGCUAAACAAGUUCAAGAGCAGUAUGCACUUGCAGCUGACCUGUUUUCAAGCUUCUUCAUCAGCUACAAUGAAAACAUAGACAACUACACAAGGCAGGCAGCUCAGAAGACAAACAUCACCUAUUUUCUGAGUACUUCAGCUCCUUUGAAGACUCUGAAGGAGAAAGAAAUUUCACUCAGAUAAUCAUGAGUCACAGCUGAUAGUUUGCUGUAUCUUGCCAAGGGAGACUUUUGGACAUAAAUACCUUAAUAAAAUGAUUUUCUGUCCACUCUGUUUCAUUCUGAGGGCAGAAUGAAGCCUGUUUUGUUUAUGUACACUCCCCUUGGCUGUGCAUCCUUGAAGAAAUACUCAGUGGGAUGCUGCAGCCUUGGUUUCAGUUGUGAAAAAUGCUUUGAACUGUGUUUUCUAAGCCACUGAAAUGUACCUUUAGCAAGUGUUGCUUGGAAUUGGAGCAUUGCUCACUUUGUUCAGUGUAUCAGCCUGUAGGACGAUGCUGGUGUGACUGGAAAACUCAACUUGUGUAAGCUGGUGAGAAACCUGUAAUGAAAAUUACUACAUACAGUGCUCAGAUAUGAUAUAGAGAAGGACACUGCUGCUUCUGCAGUUAUAAAGGGUCCCUUUUUCCUGGUGCCUACAGUUACAGUGCUCUUAAGUCUGGGUUUUGGGAGGGUUUUUGUUUUCUUGCUGCUUUUUUAGUUAAAGAUAUUCCUGCCUCUCUUGUUUCUCUCUUCUAUUAUAAUACUGAUGGUAACCUUCCCAUCUGAGAAAGAACUCUUCUUUCAUUGAUAAUUAAAGCAAAGUAUUCUUGAGUUUAUAAGGGUAGUAAAAAUGCUCACAUGAAAUCCUCUUUGGUGUUAAGGGAUAGAACAGUCGCUAGCCUCUCACAUCGUGGGAAGUAAGGAGAAGCACAACAUGCCAUUGGUUUUGCUGCUUCUUGCUCCUCUUCUCCUUUCUUGUUCUUACAGGGUCGCUGCCACUGUCUUCCUCUUCCUUCUUGUUAGUCACUCCUCACCACCACUCAUGGAGUUGGUGUGCAGGGGAGCAGGGAUUCAGGAGGAAAAGACCAAUUUUGCUGCCACUGAGAUCUAGUUUCACGUGGAUCACAAACCAUCUUCCCACCAGGGGAGAUUUGACACCCUCUUUGAUUUUGGGCAUUGAUAGGAGAUGCAGGAGGCUGUAAGAACACAGCAACUAAUAGAAAGUGGUCAGGUUUGGGGUUGGGGUACAGGUUUAAUAACUGAAAUCAAAACUAAUCACAAAGUAAUAACUUACUCAUUCUGCAUUUGCAGCCCUUUGGAGUGAGACUUCAUAGCAACAGUGCACUGAGUUUUCAAAUGGGUCGUUCAUGUUGACUCUUCUGGCAGUUCAGUUGUGUGCUUAAAACACAGCAUCCAGUUCCUGUAACAUUAAAUACUGAAGAAACAGCUCUGGGCAUAGAUCUACUCGUUCAAGUUGUAUACAAGUAGUAAUAGCAUGUUGAAUGGACAUUUGAAACUUCAGCUGUAUGUCAUUAUUGGCUUCCAGGAGAACUGUUAAACCCUGGAGCAAGCUUGGUGUGUUAGGUGUUGUCCUUUCUGAGUUGGUGUUAGUCUCAACUGUUGUUAUUAACCAAAACAGUCAUCCAGUUGCCUCCAUCUGUAAAAGAUUUCUCUUUGGAAUAAUAAAAUAUGAAGAAAGGUGGUCUAAA